AUGCCCAGCUACGGCCAGUCUCUGCCGGGCAGCUACAUGAAGAACGAUAUGGCUCCACCCAAUCCCAGAGCCCCUGGUGCGGCUGACCCGGAGAGCACAGAACGCCAGCCGGAGCAUUACUCGCGGAGUAACGGUGCGCCCGGCGACUCUGUCCCAGAGCAUGAACAGGAGUACCUGCAGGACCACAACAGUGGCUAUAACUCCAACCGGAACUCCUACACCUACACCACCAACCCCUCCGUCACUUCAUUGACUGGCGAGCACUCGCAGCUCACCCCGGAGAUGACCAGCUCGCCUUCACAGCAGAAUGGGUCGGGUCGCAUGACUCCUCGCACAGGUGGUGCGCCUCCCCACUGGGCCUCCGGGUAUAACACUCCUCCCCGCCCUGCCGCUGCUACGACUUUGUACAACGCCGUCAGCGACACCCGCGGUACUCCCGCGAACGGUGCGUCAGACCCGUACUCCAUGGCGUCGUCCUCGACACCAGUCUACUCGACUGUCAAUGGAUCUAUCGGCUCGGGCAGCAAGCGCAUGCGCGAGGAUGACGAUGUCAUCCGCCCCGACAAUGGUGCAGAGUACGAGACCAAGCGCCGCAAGACAAUCACUGAUAAUACAAUUGGUGGCCCAGUCGGCGGUGCUCCAAUCCUACAGCCCAUGAAGACGAGCGGAGUCAUGGCUCGCCAUCGCUGA